UCUUGAACUCAUACCGUCACCUUCACUGUUGGGGUUGAAGCUCGCUGGACUGACCUGCGCGCCUGACCGAUGGACGAUGGACGUCGAUGGCUGCCACUUCAACCUCCCCGCACUAUAGCCCAAGGAACAGAGCUAGGCCCCGCCUCUCCACUCUCCACGGUCAUUCCCCGGCCCUCUUAUCUCUGUCCACCUCCGUGGUCAUAGUGCGUCCACCAAUAAAAUUUGAGAAUGGAACCUUUUCGUACUCGGCCGAUGCCUCGGCUGCAUGGAUCCUGUCGGGUUCAUCAUGCUGCGUUCGCCGCUGGCAGUCCUUAUCUCUCGCUUUUGGCCUGCGCGCGCAUUGAAUCCCACUCUCUCAGGCUGGCGACCUGCAGCGGGGCGCGCAUGGCAGGGGGGUCGGCAUUAUCGGUCGCGGCAGUAGUCGGUCGAGGGGCGGCGCGGGCGAUGUCGGCGCCUACACCAAGGUGAACAAGGUUCUGCCCCUGCGCGCCUCGACACGAUGACUCGCGCAGGUAUGGCCCGGGCGUAUAAAAAGCUUUUUGCCGCGGAACGCGGGAGCACUCGUCACCCGCCGUCCUACUUUAUCC